CAACUCCUUCACAGAGCGAAGGAGAAGCUCCUCUGAACCCCGAUGGCCGCUUCUUCGCUGUUGAGCUCCGCCGCGUCGUCGUUUCAUGGUCAUUGCCCGCUCUUCUCGGUCCGGUUUCCUGCACCGGGUGCGUGCGGAAACCCUAGCAAUGUAGCUCCAUUGGCGGUGAGAGUCAAGGCCGCGGCUGGUGAUUCUAUAGUGCUUGUGGAGAAGGCAGAGGCGGAGAAGGUCAACAGGCUCAAAUCCAAUUACAUCGAGAAAAUCGUGCCGCUGCUUAUGGACGAGUUCUCCUACACCAAUAUCCACCAGGUCCCAAAAAUUGAAAAGAUUGUUGUGAACUGUGGUAUUGGAGAUGCACAACAGAAUGCGAAAGGUUUGGAAGCUGCAAUGAAUGAGCUAGCAUUGAUUACAGGACAACGACCUGUGAAGACGCGUGCAAAGAAGUCCAUUGCAACCUUCAAGAUCAGGGAAGGUCAACCACUUGGGAUUGCUGCAACUCUUCGAGGAAGUGUGAUGUACUCCUUCCUGGAUCGUGUGAUCAACUUGGGGCUGCCUAGGACGAGGGACUUUCAGGGAGUGAACUCAAAUAGCUUUGAUGGACAUGGAAAUUACUCCAUCGGCAUCCGCGAACAGAGCGUGUUUCCAGAAAUAAAGUUCGACACAUUCGGCAAACCGAGGGGGAUGGACAUUUGCAUCACAACAACAGCUGAAACAGAUCAAGAAGCUCAGCGACUCUUGGCUCUCAUGGGAAUGCCUUUCAGAGAGAGCAGUGGCUCUGCAACUUUGAUGCGGAAAAAGAAGCUGAAGUCCCACCAUUUUGAUUCCAAAUCCAAGGGAAGAGCUCGGAGGUAAUUAAUUUAUUUCAGUCACACAACUUUUAAGCUUCAACUCAUUUCUUGUAUCUGUACAAGAAGAAACUGCACUCGAGCAAACUUAGAAUGGGCUGUAUCGUGUAUGCCAAUUUGAUGGUGCUAUAGAUUUUUGUUUGUGAGACCAGUCCCUAUAACUCGGAAGUUUGAUGCUCAAUUUCGCCGACCCGAACGGAGUUCUGGCACCGGUUGCUGCGUUAGAGCAGUAAAUCCCAGUAGCCAUUGCUCAAAUCCUAGAACUUCCUCUGCAUAGUAAGAGCUAUAAAUUAUAACAUGUGAUUUUGUAGUGAUAUUCUCUGAAAACAGGGAAAGAUUCAGCCA